AUGGAUGUCGCUGAGACCACUGAACCGAUCACCCAAGCUGGGGUCGAUCUGUCCAGAGUCAUUGGCGACGUAGACAUCUCUCUAGACUCCCUCGGCGACGAUGGGAGAUCUAGCAGUCUGAGUGAGAUCGAUGACGUCUCGGAUAACGAGCCCUCCGAUGACGAGCUACCACCACCCCAACGGUCUGUACCAGAAGAGGUAGAUUCCGAAGCCGAAACCGAACGGUUAGAAGACUCCCCAAAUAACCACCGAUUACAAUCAAACAUAAAAUUGACCGGGGCGAGCCGCUUUGAAAGCAGUCCCAGCAAACUCGCGCAAUCUACCACCUAUGACGAAAUGGAAGAAGAUGAUGAGAACGAAUUGACCGAGACUCCGAGCAAGACCCGUCGGUCAUCGAAAACCAAUGGUGCUUCCGACCAUAUAGAAACGCCGGUCCUUGAUGCGGAAAGUCCUAAUUCACACGCAGACGUGGCAGGCAAAAAGCGCAAACGCCCGCCAGCGAAUGACGAUGUUGACACGGAAAUGGGUGAAGAUGACGAACCGUUACGCAAGCGCCGAGGCUCUGUUGGUGUCGAUGAAAUCCAAGAUGAAGCCAGUGCUGAUGCUCUGACAACGCGCGAAGAAACCGAAGAAGUCGGUCAACACGAUGCAUCCGGAAAGGGAACUCCACUCGAUGAAGCACAAGACUCUGCUACUCCUGCCGCCGCAACUCGGGGCGCCAAGCGCGGUGUGAAGAAGGGUAAGCGAAAAGGCAGAAGGGCGCGAGAUACCGACGAAGACCUGGAGAAUGGAGCUGAAAAUACCGAGGAUCAGUUGCAAGACGACGAGGAAACAGGCGACGUAGCUGACGAUGCUAACGAUGCUGACGCCACUGCUAAAUCAGAAGAAGAAUUGGCUAGAAAAGUUGCAGCGAUUGACGCUCUCGCGGUUUUGGAAAAAGAAUUCGCGACACUGCGGGAAAAAAUAUACGAUGAAAAAAUUGCCAAGAUUGAUCGCGAACUAGAACAACUUACAAGUCCAGAACCAACGCAUCCAGAACUUGUGCGCCAGCUUGAAUGUCUACAGCGACAUCGCGACAAGAAAAUCAACUAUGAGCAUACGCUGUAUCAGUAUCGCAUGCAGUCGCUCAUGAGUCGGAGUCUUGCCGAUCGCGCUCAAAUCCACAGCACGUACUUUCAGCGCAUCCGAGAUACGCGAGAGAAGCACUCUACUGCUGUUAGCAAGCAAUUCUAUGCUAUCCAGCAUGAUCGCUUCAAGACCGAAGAGCUUGGCGCUCAUCAUUAUAUUCCCUUCCCUACCAGACGAUCUCAGCAAAUAUCGCAACAAGCCGCAUACAACCAAGAAGUAUCAGUCAUGGCUGGAGUUGCAAAGUAUGUUGGCUUUCCUGCAGCGCCAACCCUGUCUGCAGCUCGUACGACUGAAAUCGACGAUGACUUUGAGAAAAUGGGCAUUUCCAUUGAACACCGCCCGGUUGUGGCUCCGCAAUCUGGAAUACGAGGAGGCAUUUCUUCCGAUCCGCCCCGCUAUACAACGGCUGAAGAAAGCCAUCACGAACAACAGCCUAUCUGGGCUAAUCCUCAAUACGUGCAAGCGAAUCGGCCUGCACAUCUGGCCAAUUCGACAUCUUUCACAACACCAGCAGCACAGAAGCGUGUUAUAGAUAUCAACGCACCAAAUGGAUCUGCAUCUACUAUAGCAGACAAUGCGUCCGCUGCAAACUCUUCGACAGCCAACACUCCAUAUGGAAUGGAACAGGAUCAUAGACAACAGGGUGUUCAUUCUGGCACCGUCGACUUUGAUGCCUUGGACAGGAAGUCUGGCUUCAGAUCUCAAAGCUCGUCUCCACUCGAUGUCCGCAAGGUGCCAUCCGGUAACCCAAGUCAUUUAUUUGAAGCCAGACAUGAAGCUCCCACCCGAAACCCAGCUUACUCUCCUCCCCGAUUUGGCUUAUUUGGUACUUCGAAAAGAGAAUCCUCCCCUCCACUGUCUACUUCCAAUAAACCAUUGGGUGGCAUUCAUUCUUCCGGGCUCAUGACUGGAUCAGGGCCCAGUCGGAUGAUCGCGCGGUGA